UCAUAAUCAUUUUGCCUUGCGCGUAGACUAGAAGAGAUGAGAUUUAGAUGACGUCAUACGCAACCCGGCUUCAAGAUUUUCUUCAUGGAUGUCGAUCUUGACCCAUAAUUUCCUGAAAAGGAACCAUUAAACGGAUUCAAGUAGUCAAGUUGCUCUAGAGAUGUUCCAUCAUGGCUUAUAACUUGAGACCUAGGUCUAGUGUUCAAGUGGAGACUCUGGGCCCCUUGGAUCAACAGGAAUCUGCUCAGUCUUCGGUAAAAGAGAAAAAGAAUUGGUCUGACUCUGGGCUCCUCAUCCUGUUAGUGCUCUUCAGAUGGAUGAAUGUAGGCUUGGUCCAGACCUCAUUUGUUCCUGAUGAAUAUUGGCAAUCUGUGGAAGUGGCCCACAAGGUUGUCUUUGGAUAUGGGUACCUGACAUGGGAAUGGCAGACUGGUUUGAGGAGUUUUGCCUAUCCUGCAAUCUUUGUGGUUCUAUAUAAGAUGCUUGCUAUACUGAGGCUAGACUACCCAGUGGUAUUGAUUCUAGCUCCUCGUCUAUUACAAGCCACCCUAUCGGCUGUAGGUGAUUUUUGCCUGUACAAGACCUCGGCCCUCAUCCAUGGCAAAGAUGUAGCACGAUGGACACUUAUAAUGAAUUUAUCCUCCUGGUUUGUGUUUUACAAUGCAACUCGUACUUUAACCAACACCAUGGAAAACAUCUUGACCUCUGUUGGUCUUUUCUUCUUUCCUUGGCCAAGGGAUUGGUUGCAUGACAAGAAUGAGAAACAAGAUAGGAACCCGUGGGUGUACAUUGUCAUAGUUGCCUUGGCCUGCCUGGUGAGACCAACUGCUGCUGUGCUUUGGCUUCCUUUAUGUCUGUGGCAUAUUAAUUUCAGUCGUGCUACACUUGGGAGUUUGGGUUUCACGCAUUUCCAUCUGUUGAGCAUAAUUAUUAUUACACAUGAUGUUAUCAGAGUGGCAGUAACAUUAUUCCUACCAGUUGGAUUGAUAGCCAUCUCCGCUUCUCUUCUUAUGGACAGGCUUUUUUAUGGUUAUUUUGUGUUGGUUCAGAAGAAUUUCAUUGAGUUCAACUUUAUUAAUGAUUUGGGUGCAUUAUAUGGGACCCAUCCAUGGCAUUGGUACUUCUCACAAGGCUUUGCAGUCGUCAUGACAACUCAUAUACCUAGCUUUGUUAUGGGUGCCAAGAUGGGCUACAAAAAGAAUGGCCUGCUAUUAUGGACAGUGUUAUGGACGUUAUGUAUUUACAGCUUUACAAGUCAUAAAGAGUUUCGUUUCAUAUUUCCUGUUGUUCCCAUCUGUAUGCUAUUUUGUGGUCUAUUCAUGGAAGAUAUGCAUCGUAGCGGCAAGUCCAAACUUCUCAUAUUGUAUCUCCUCUUCAACAUUCCGGCUAGUAUCUACUUUGGACUGUUCCAUCAAAGAGGGGUCUUGGACGUGAUGGGGUAUGUUCAGGAGGUAGCGGACCAACAUUCAACAGGAGAGCAGAGAUCUGUCAUGUUCCUAAUGCCUUGCCAUUCUACACCUUUUUAUAGCCAUGUUCACAAUAAUCUACCAAUGCGCUUUCUUGAGUGCCAACCCAACCUGAACCAAGAAGAGGAUUAUGUAGAAGAGGCAUCACUGUUUUAUAAUAAUCCCGUGGAUUGGCUGAAGAAAGAAUAUGAAGAUUCAGCCUCUAUCCCAACUCACCUUAUCAUAUUUGAUGUUCUUAAACCAAGCAUUGAAGACUUUCUUUGUUCACAUCAUUUCCAUGAGGUUACCAGUUACUUUCACACACACUUACCAGAGGGUAAAGUAGGCAGUCGAGUCCUCGUCUUUGCCAGAGACAGUGAUGAAGAAGAUGACAAUAAGGAUUCAUGUUCUACAACAAAUAUUGUGACAUAGUGAUACUGUGAGCUUCGUAUGAUGUAUGGAAUGUCUUUCCCUUUGGUCAGAUUGGUUUCCUAGUGCCUGUUUGGUGCACAUCAUUUAAAGUGUACUACCAAUCACCAAAAAAUACUUUGAUCUGUAUGUUUGGGGUUCAAUGUCGCUAUACUACUGUAUACCUACGCCAUAUAUUUCGCAGACAUAAAUGCUCGCAAAUGGGAAUAGCUAGACCAUUUUGUGAGUGAUUUUGCAAUGACCUGGCAUUGUGCAAUACCGGUAUGGGAAAAAUAAAUGCCAUCUAGUGUUAGAAUAAACCCAGCAAUGAUUUGUAAUAGACAUUAUUUUAAAAUCACAUUUUAUUUUGGGGUCAUGUAGUUUCAAACGAUAACAAGUAAAGAUUAAAAAUUAUAACUUUCAAUUCUAAACUGGGGCAUGUCCUCGUACAAAUGUUUGUUUUGUUUAAUGAUGAAUGGCUUCUCACUCUGAUCGUUAUUUAAUCGAGGACAAUAUUCUAUCCGAAUUUGUAGUAACCGAAUGUAAACACUUUAAGAGUUACCGGUACUCAAAUAACAAAACAUAUUACUGCCAAUUUCAGUUUCCAUUACAUGGUGGUUGCCAUCAUUUAUCGCAACAACUUUUUGUUCACAACCUAGCUGGCCCUAGCCAACUGACUCAACUAUUCAGAUACCAAAUUUCCUUCCCUGUCACUUUAGGAAACAAGCAUGUUUCUGUUCAACAUUUCUAGUCAAUAAGAACUUCCAAAUUUUUCCAAAAAGUAAAUGGUGUAACAAGUAAUAACGGUAAUAUGUUGUUACCCUUUGACAAAAAUUGAACAAAUUUGAAAGACUUACUCAAAUGGUUUAAGUAGAUGAAUCCAAUACCCUUUUACUUCAAAUCUCCUUUUCUAAAAUAUAUGGCGCACACAGUAUAUUCAAGAUUUAAGCUUCAAAUAUUAUUUCUAUAAAGAGAAAGUUUAAAUACACUCUCAAUAUUAACCCUUACUGUACUGGGCUAUUUUGAGCACCUCCUGAU